CACAGCCACAGCCUCCGCCGCCGCAGCCGCAGCCGCCUUCUCAGACGCGCCAGGCGUUUGAACGGACCGGAAGUGGUGGUUUAACGACUUCCGGCAGUUGGGCACAGAGGAGUCAGGAGUGCCGGGAAUGGCGACCAAAAAGCUUUCACGGCAGCUUGGAUUAAUUAGAAAAAAGUCAGUUGCACCAGCAAAUGAAAAUCUAGGAAGAAGCAAAUCCAAGCAGUUGUUUGACUACUUACUUGUCAUCGAUUUUGAGUCGACAUGUUGGAAUGAUGGGAAACGCCACCAGAGCCAAAAAAUAAUUGAAUUUCCAUCAUUAUUGCUGAACACAUCAACUGGGGAGAUUGAAUCUGAGUUCCACGCUUAUGUUCAGCCUCAGGAACAUCCGAUUCUUUCUGAAUUUUGCAUGGAACUGACAGGCAUAAAUCGGGCUCAAGUAGAUGAAGGAGUCCCUCUGAGGAUUUGCUUAUCUCAAUUCUGUAAAUGGGUUCAGAAGAUUCAGCAACAGAAGAAAAUUAUUUUUGCUACUGGGAUUUCAGAUCCGCCUAAUUCCAAAGUAAAAUUAUGUGCAUCUGUUACUUGGUCAGACUGGGACCUGGGGGUUUGCCUGGAGUGUGAGUGUAAAAGAAAACAGCUGAUAAAAUCCUUGUUCUUAUAUUCUUGGAUUGAUCUCAGAGUAACUUAAAAGAUUUUCUAUAGAAGAAAACCAAAAGGACUGAGUGGUGCCCUGCAGGAAGUGGGAAUAGAAUUCUUAGGACGAGAACAUUCUGGGUUGGAUGAUUCUCGGAAUACUGCCCUUGCUUGGAAAAUGAUCAGGGAUGGUUGCUUAAUGAAAAUUACAAGGUCCUUGAACAAGGUUCCCACUAAGAAGAAUUCCAGCGUUUUCACCAGAAAUUUGAAUACGAAUCAAGUUGAAGAAAGGUCAGCCUGCAACAGUAGCAUUCAGGGUCUGAGCAUAUAUGAUAGGGAGCCUAAAAAUACAGCAAAUGCUCAUGAAAAAGUUCAGAUGAGGUCAGUUGGUGUAAAUUCUCCUAUAAAGGUACAGCAAGAUCAGUUCCAACUAAAAAGCUAUGUAAAAGCAGGUCUUCAUAAUGCCAAAAGCUAUUUCUCUCUUUUUAAUACAAAGCCCUCUACUUCUGUGGAGCAGUUGCCGUCUGCCAGCUUGAAUAUACCUAUGCAGAAGCACAUAAGAAACGAACACCUUGCAUUUAGUACCAAAUCUAAGUCUUCAGCAAUUGGUUCAGAAUUGGUACUUGUAUCAACUACCAUUUCAUCUGUCAAUCAUGUUUCUGAUACGGAAAUGAGUUCUGCUCUUGAUUGUUUACCUAUGUUGGCGGAUUGGGAGGAUGUAGCUUUACUGCCAGCAUCUCAGCCUGAGCAAAGUAUAGAUUGUAUACCUUCCACUAGUGACUCAAACUUAGAUACAUCAUUUAAUUAUAUAGAAAGAUUAAUGGCUUUAAAAGAAGGCACAGAAGAAACCCCUCAAAAAUCUGGGACCUCUUCCCAAAAAGUUAGAAUUCUUGCAUCCUUUUAUGUUCUCUCAUUGCUAUAUCUAUACCUCAUUCCCUAUGAUUUCUGGCCAUUUCUGACCUUCAUACUACUACUUUUUGAGGUCUUCAAGUGGUUCAAAUGUUAA